AUGACCCGGCGCAACGCAUUCCUUGACACUAUUGACCCAGCAAUCCGACGCAAGGUUGAGGCCGCCCAGGUAUAUUUCCUUGAAUACUACGUCGACCAUCUGACAUACAUUGCCAACCGGCGACGGCGCCUAGAGGACUUUAAGAAUGCCAUUCGCAGCGUGCAAACCACUCGCCAGCAUGUGCAGGACUCGUGGACUACCCACUGUGUCAACGAGUCCUCCAUUCUGCGCCGCCGCCGCAACCGCACGCGUGAGCGCGAGUUUGACAUUCUGGCGCAGAUUGGCCAGGGCGGCUACGGGCAAGUGUUUCUGGCACGAAAGCGCGACACUGGCGAGGUCUGUGCACUGAAGAAGAUGGCCAAGAAGCUGCUCGUCAAACUGGGCGAGGUGCAGCACAUUCUGACAGAGCGCGACAUUCUGCGCACCUCAAAGUCUGAAUGGCUGGUCAAGCUGCUGUACUCAUUCCAGGACCAACAAUCGCUGUACCUGGCCAUGGAGUACGUUCCUGGCGGCGACGUGCGCACACUUCUUAACCAAAACGGUAUACUGCGCCAUCAGAUUGCCCGUUUCUACAUUGCAGAGAUGAUCGUGGCUGUUGCUGCGCUGCACUCGUUUGGCUACUUCCACCGCGACCUCAAGCCCGAGAACUUUUUGGUUGAUGCCAUGGGUCAUAUUAAGCUGACCGACUUUGGGCUGUCGCACGGACACUUGAGCCGCCCCACACUGGAGGCCAUGAAGAAAAAGCUUGACAAGGUCAAGGACCAGGAAAUCAUAUACCACUCGUCCAGCGAGAAGCGCAGCUUUUACAAGAGCAUGCGCCAGGACGAGAUGCCCCGCGCAUACUCUAUCGUUGGCUCGCCCGACUACAUGGCGCCCGAAAUCCUGUACACGUCGCUGCUCGGCGAUGCACACUUGGGUUAUGACUUUCGUGUCGACUACUGGUCGCUUGGCUGCAUUCUGUAUGAGUUCCUCGCCAGUUACGCUCCAUUCACCGGACCCUCAGCCGAUGAUGUCUGGCGCAACGUAUACCACUGGAGCAAGGCAUUCCACCGCCCCGAGUUCGACUCACAGGAGGCCGAAGAAAACCUCCGCCCCGAUGCGUGGGACCUGAUCUCGCGCCUGGUCAGCCAUCGCUCUGAGCGCUUGUGCUCAGUCAACGAAGCCAUGGCGCACCCGUACUUCCGCGGCAUGGCGAUGGGGAGUCUUCGGGCUACUGAGCAGCCGCCGUUUGUGCCUGAGCUGCAAUCUGAGACUGACAAGGCGUACUUUGACGACUUUUCGAAUCCCAAUGACAUGGAGCUGUACCGCGAUGUGUACAACAAGCGCAAGGAGUUGGACACGCUGGUUGACAGCCAGCCGGCCAACGAGGCCAUUGACCCAGCCGCCUUUAUUGGCUUUACCUACCGCCACAACCGAGUAAAUCGCAAUUUCUGA